CUCGUUUAAAAAAUUUGUAGACUGUCAAAAUUAUCAAAGGUUUCAGUCAUCGACACAACACGCAACGAAAUUCUUUCUUCUUUUCUUAAAAUUAAUUUAAGUUUCUUGUUAACAUUUUUUAUAUGUGUCUAUUUAUUUUUCAACUAAUAUUAACGGAUAACGAAAGCGAAUAUAUUUUGCUACGAAAAAAUACGUGAAUGUCGGUAAAAAUCGAAACGAGAACAGUCGGAUAACUGCGAAAGCGUGGAAAAUUUGCGAAAGUUACUUAUAAUUUAGUUACCAACAAAUAUUUGUUAGCCGCUUUGUUAGUGCGUAAAGUUUUCGCUAAAUUAACGUGUGCGGAUUGAAGUUAUAGCCUUAUACAAUUGGUUUGCCACUUUUAAAUAAAACAAAAAGUGGUAAAUUGUGUCUUAUAAGAAAGCAAUAAGAAUUGUGGUUUUGAGUUCUUGUGUGGCGGUAAAUAAGUGUACGUGUACAACUGUUAAUUUAAGUUCUAAACGCCUUAAAUUUUACAUAUUCUACGUCCAAAGCUAACAUCAAGCGAAAAAAUAAUAAAAUAUAUAAAUUGUGUAAUUUAUAUGCAAAUGGCUAACGAUACGUCGAAAAAGUGCUUGUGAUUGUUUGUGCUAAUGCUGCUCCAAACGGGCAGAAACGUCAUACCUUAGUUGGUGACUGAGUACGAGAGCGCAACAAGUCCAAUUGUGGGUUGAAUGUGCCUAGUAGCUAACGUGAAAGGUGGCCGAUAGCAAAAGAAAACGUCAACUGCUACAGUGUGAAAAAGCAACGACUAUAAAGAAAAAACAAAAUAACAUAACUCCAGCUGCGACGCUGACUGCGCUACCGACGCAACGAAGUAACGUAGAGCAACAAAGUGCUCGUGUAAAGCAAUACUAAUUAGUAGAUGAUAAUGCCGCUGAAAUUUUUGAAAAAGUGUCGUCAAUAUAACGUGACAUCGAAGAGCUUGUUUGUCAUCUCAGUGCAUCAUUUAUUAGAAACCUCCACAACAGUCGAUUGUACGAUCAGUUCAGAGAGUAAGGGCCAAGAGUGUUUAGACAAUGUCUGCCAGCGACUAAAUCUACAAAAACCCGAAUUUUUCGGUCUACGCUAUGUGGUGAAGGGUAAAGAGGAUGAAAUGAAAUGGGUGGAUUUAGAACGCUCUCUCAGCAGACAGCUAGAAAAAUAUGCAGCGAGUACGAAAAUAUAUUUACGUGUACGUCAUUAUGUCGAUCCAUUGCGCAGUGAUGACCUGAUACGUUCCUAUUACUUUCUGCAAUUGAAAAGUGAUAUUUAUGAGGGCAAAAUUAUCUGCGAUAUACGCACUGCCAUACUGCUAGCGCUGUACUGCCGACAAGCCGAAUACGAUAGUCAUCAAAGUGACAAACAAACAAAGGAUAAUCUUAAGAAGUCGCUGGUGUUGCCGAAGAAUUUACAAGGACUCGCCAACGAUGACAAUCUGCUCGACAGUCUCAUUAUGGAAGUGUUACAGCAGAACGCCGGCAUACAGCAUCUGCAGCAAUCCAAGGCCGAAGAGAUGUACAUACAAUGUUGUCAGCAAUUGGAUGGCUACGGUGAGGAGCGUUUCCCCGCAAAAGACACACUGGGUAACGAUCUGCUGCUCGGGCUAGCUAUAAACGGCAUGGUUGUGAUGGCUGACAAUGGGCGUCAAUAUUUCCCCUGGAAAGAGUCACAAACGGUGUCCAUUGACAAGCGUACCAUUAAAAUCGAACAAAACAAAACGGAUGGCUCGAUUGUGGGCUCAUUCAUUUUUCCAGAUGCCGAAACGGCACGUUACUUUUGGAAAUUGUGUAUAACACAGCAUAAAUUCUUUAAACGCUAUAUAGAUGAGGAAGCGGCGUCAUCUGUGGGCGAUACGGAGAGCGCGAAUGACAAUUCGAUGAGCGUAACUGGUGGUGGUGUGUUAGCUGGCGGUAUGGAUGCCUAUGCUUAUGGCGACUUUAAUGAUUCACGUGAAGAUUUACUAUUGGAGCAACAACAACGUGCCAUUUACAAUCCGAAUGCGUUAACGAGCGGCGGCGUUGGUGGUGGUGUCGGUAUUGGUGGCGCACUAUCAGCGGUUAAUCCAGAAUUCAUGUCAGCGCCCGCCUUACAUCACGGCUUACUCGCCUCCACAAACGCGUCCAAUGCUUUAAUGUCAUCGAACAUAUCGCUAGCGGCCAGUCAUCAGUCUGGUGGCGGUCCGAAUGGCGCUAUGCAUUCGCAUAGUGUGGGUGCUAUAGCGCCCGGUUGGCUGGCUAAAGAGUAUGGUCACGAUUACGCAUCGACGCAGCACUUAUCGAAUAGCAUGUUGGAUACACGCUUGCAGCAAAGCAGCUCCUGUCUGGAUCUAAGCAAUAACAAUGGCAAUAAUAUCGGCAUUGGUGGCAGCGCAUUCCACAGUAGCAGCAAUAAUAUUGUGCAUGGACAUUUGGGUGGCAGCGUCACGAACAACGGCAGCACUGUCGCAUUGCACGGUGUGGACGCGCACGAGCGUGAACGACUGAAGGCAAUGUUGCCCACAUAUCGCCCAGCGCCCGACUAUGAAACUGCCGUACAGUUGAAAUAUCAUACACCAUCCAGCGAAUUACAUCAUCCGCAAAUGAACAGUUAUGCCAACUAUCAACCGCAGUUGACAGCAAGCGCGUCCGCUGUCGCUAUGGCUGGCACGCCUGCCGCUAGUGGCGCUAUCUAUUAUGCCGGCUCGCAGCCUGACGUACACAAUGCGGCCGCCAUUUACGGUGAAGGUGUGUUGCUAAGUCAAUUAGCGCCGCACCGUUACCCCGAUGUGGCGCAACCAGCGGCCGCCAUGCAUGCGCAGCAUCAUCAUCUAACAGCGGCGGGCGUAACAAUGGCGCCGGGUGGCCAUAGCAAUAGUGUGAGUGGUGGUGGUGCAUAUAUUGAUUUGGGACAUCGCCUGCAAAUGGUGCGCAGUAAGCCACCGCCACCGUACCCGGUGAACCGCUUGAAUUCGUCGUCCACACCCGAUUUGGCGGUCGCUUCACAUCGGCCGCUCAUGGGUUUUCGCUCGUAUGUGUCGGGUUCAUCACCAGAUCUGGUGUCAAAUCGUAAUUUACCCAAUGCGCAGUAUCCGUAUGUGCAUAGCAGUAGCGUCGGCGCAGCGCAAGCAGUGGGCGGUGUUGCCGCUGCCAAUCAUGCGCUGAUACAUCCUCAUUCCGCUUACAUGAGUGGUGGGCAUAUAGGGCAUUCACAACCAUAUUUGCCGCAUGGUACUUUUGAAAACUUAAAUAUGAUUGAGGAACAACCGUCCAUAUUGUCGCAACUGCGGCAGGAUUGCCUCUUUUUGCCGCCCAGCUAUGCAGAACAAAAUGCGCUAAGUAACAACGCCAGCAACGCUAACAACAUGUACCGUCAAACAUCGCCACCGGUGCAAGCGCAGCAUCAAGCGCCACUGCCACAAGUGCCACAGUCACAAGCACACCAUCAGCAGCAGUUGCAAGCGAACGCCUCCAACGCUUCAUUGCAACGCAACACUUUAAACGGUUCGGUCGAACCGAUUUAUGAGAAUGUGCCACAUGCGCGUUACAUUGCUGCAGAGCCAGUAGUGGUGCAAAGGAAUAUGGAGCAACGCUCCUCCGGCUCUUCGGCAACCAGUGAAGCAAUGCGCAAUCGUACAGCUUCAAUACAAUCGGCGCCGGGCGGUACGCAUACGCAGCCGCAACAACAAAUGCCGCCGGUGCCUGCAGUGCGGCAUCAUCAUCAUCAACAGCACCAGCAACAGCAACAACAGCUGCAACAGCAACAACAACAAGCGCUACAACAACAGCAACAAGCGCUGCUGCAACAACAGCAGGCACAUGCGCAGCAGCAACAAGCUGAAGCAGAAGCGGCAGCGGCGGCUGCCGCAGCAGCUGCUGCUCUCAAUAUGCAUAAAUACGCUGAGCGUGCUGCUAGCACUGAACUGCAAUUCUUAGAGCCAACGCCGCCGCAACGCGCUGUACGCGCAGCCUCUGCAGCACCGGCCGUUGGCCAUAAUAGCAGUAGCAAUCAACAACCUAUGAUGCAAACGCCGCCACCAAGACAGCAUCAUAACGCGCAUAAGACCGCACAGCUAAUGCAGAGCACAGCGUCCGUCGCCUCUUCUGUAGACGCAACGGCCGCGUCGCCGACAAAUACGGGCGCACGUGCUCACACAACUUCGUCUCUGCACGACGACUCAACCGACUCAAUGCUGCAUGCAGCGCAGCAACAAUUCAGUGCCAUGAAUAUAUCUACGAUUUCAUCUAAUGUCUCCGUAUCCGCAGCAGCCACAAUGAAGCAUUCUGCGUCGCAUCACCAACAUCAUCAUCAUCGCUCACACAACUCAUCGUUACUCGACACCACUGCCAAUUCCAGCAACACCACCAACAGCUCGAACACCACGAAUUCGUCCAACACCACCGGCAAGGAGGGUAAACGCAAAAAGUUAUGGCAUAUUUUGGGGCGCAGUAAAACGCCGGAUAAGCAGAAAUCCGCCACACUCGGACGGGAGAAGGCCUCCUCUUCGAAUGCGGCAAAGACAGCGGCGAAAAUAAAACUCGCACAAGACGAUCUGAAUUUGAUGCAUCGUUGGUCGACCGGUGUGUCGCGGCUGCAGCCCAUUUCCGGACAGUAUUCAAAGGAUAAACUGUGCCCCAUACUCACUGAGAAAUUGAAUGAUCCGCAACUCUUUAUGGAAUUCGAAAGUAUACCAAAACGUUGCGAAAAUGCCAGCUACGACUGGGCGCUAAUGGAAGAGAAUGCCAAGAAAAAUUCCGAUCCAAACUUUUUGCCAUACGACUAUAAUCGUGUUAGCAUAACGCCGACGUGGGAGAAUAAAACGGGCUAUGUUAAUGCGUCUCGCAUAUCGGCCACAGUUGGCACCAAUCAACGCUUCUAUAUAAUUGCACAAUCACCACAGGACAAGUUGACCACUAACAUUUUCUGGCAAUGUGUCUGGGAAGCAGACGUUUAUUUGAUUGUAAAGCUAUCGGAGGGACUGAAUUACAUGCCACCGAAUAGCAAUCAGCGGCUCGAGUUUGAUCAAUUCCAAGUAUACCAGGAAUUCUCACAAACCACAGAUCGUUGCAUUACCAGCAAGUUGCGUCUCUUUCACAUACCAUCGCGUCGUUAUCGCUCCGUUUGGCAUUUGAACUACACCAAUUGGGGUGAACAAAACUGCCCGUUGGAGGUGAAUCACUUUUUGGAUUUUCUCGAAGAGCUUAACUCUGUGCGUAUGGCUUCGGCAAAUGAAGUGCCACCGGGUCAUAAUACAAAUCCACCAGUGCUGAUACAUUGUCUCGAGGGUGGUGGACGCUCGGGCGUUACGUUGACCGCUGAUUUGUUACUCUAUACGCUGGAUCAUAAUGAGGAUUUGGAUAUACCACGCGUUAUAGGUCAACUACGUGAUCAGCGUGAUAGCAUAAUACCGUCCUUAGCGCAGUAUAAAUUUAUUUAUAGUCUACUCAUAACAUAUUUAAAGCGUACGCGUUUAAUUUGAGCGCCAAUAUGUGCCUUAUAUGUAAUACAAAACCUAAAACCCUCCAAAACACACACAAAAAAUCACUCCCCACACACACUUGUGGCCAUUAUUACGAAAUUUAAGCGAUUCUAAAUCGCAUUAGUUUUAAAACAAAAAGCUAACGAAAAAAAAAACUUUUUUUUUUUAAUUUACAGUUAAGCCCGUUAAGCUUAAGCAACAAACGAUAUUUAUAUUUAUACAAAAAAAAAAAGAAAUACGCAAAUGUAAGCAAAGAAAAGAGAACCGAAACAAAAACAAAUUAGAACACAAUGUGAACGAACAAUUAAGUAUAUGCGAUAAAGUAAUAAUAUUUUAAGUAACAUUGUAUACAAUACACAUUUUUUUAUAAUAUACAAACAUGUUAUAUAUAUGGUGCUUCCAUCUAAAAAAAGUGACUGACCGAUAAUACACUGCACACCCCUAAAACACAUACACACAUUAUGUCGAUAGAAUUUUUGUUAAAAAAAUGUUGAAAUUUUGAUAAUCAAUUGUAUUUGGAAUUUAUAGCUUGUUAUUACUGUUUCACUGCAGACGUUAAAUUGCGAAACGUGUGUUAAUUAUAGCAUAUCACAACAUUUUACAAAUAAUUAUAUAUAUAAUAUACAAAUUGAUAUCAUUAAACGCAAUCACUUUACACAUUUAUACAAAUUAUACGAAACAAAUCGCAUAUCAUUGCAUUAUUUCAUACAAAAAAAUAAA